ACCGCGGACACCGGAGCCCCGGGCGCGGCGGGAGCCCCAGUCCCCGGGCCGCCGCCCCACGGAGAGCGGGCGGGACGGGCGGCGGGGCGGGGCGGCCGCCGCGGGGGCAGGAGGAUGCUCGGGGAGCGCGGCGGGACAGGCGGGCGCGAUGGAGCCGCCUGAGGGCUGGGACCCGUACGGGCGGCCGGCCCGAAGGACGCAGUGGCUGGUGAGCGCCCUGGCCUACCACUACGGGCUGGACCGCGGCGUGGAGAACGAGAUCGUGGUCCUGGCCACCGGGCUGGACCAGUACCUACAGGAGAUCUUCCACCACCUGGACUGCGCCGGGGCGGGCAGGAUCCCCGGCGAGGACUUCCGGACCCUGUGCCAGGUGCUGGGGCUGGAGGAGGCGGCGGAGGCGGCGGCGGACCCCGAGGAGUGCGCGGGGCUGUGGGACGGGCUCUCGGCCGAGCUCACCUUCCGGCAGUUCCACGCCCGGCUCUGCGGGUACUUCAGCACCAAGGCGGGCAGCGCUCCGCGCCGCGCCGUGCCGCGCCUGCCGCUGGGCCGGGAGAGCGAGCACAUCGAGACCCAGAUCCGCCUGCGCAGCCCCCGCCGUCGCCGCCGCCACCCGGCCGGGCCCAGCGCGGCGGGGCGGCCCGGAGAGGAGGCGGCGGAGCGGCGGGCGGCGGGGCCCUGCUCGCCGGAGUGCUACGAGGAGAUCGUGGCGCUGGAGCGGGCCGAGGACCGCAUCGCCAAGCUGGAGGAGGAGAACGGCAGCCUGCGGGAGCUGGUGGAGGACAUGCGGGCCGCCCUGCAGAGCAGCGACGCCCGCUGCCUGGCCCUGCAGGUAGGACUGCGGAAAAGCCACGCUAACCAUAAGGAAGAGGGGACCUGUUUUAUAGGGAGUAAGAGACAAUUAGUGCAGAACAGCUCCCAGAGCAGGUGCCUUCAAAGUGUGCUGGAGGAAGUGGAGCUCAUCCGGAGCUCCAGGGACGGGCAAAUUGAAGAAGCGAUGAGGUUCAACCAGGAGCUGGAGAGGGAGCUGAAGAGCUCGCAGGAAGCCCUGGUCAGCCUGGAAGAUUGUAACCGGAACCUGAAGAGGGAACAGGCGGAAAUGAGGAGGAAGGUUGAAGAGGCGAGACACGCCGUCCUCAACAGCCUGGGCAAGGUGAAGGAGCUGGAAGCGAAAGCUAACAAAGUGCCACAUCUGCAAAUAUACAUUCAGCAGCUGGAAUCAGAACUGCGGCACUACAGGUCCGAACCGGCGCAGAAGGGAGCAGCCUCGCCGGGCGCAGGACACGGCGCGGCCGUCGUGCAGCCGCAUCGACGCUCUCCCACUGGCGGAGCCGGCAUUGCCGAGAACGCAGAGGAUCAGCUGUUCCGCUCCGUGGAGGGCCAGGCAGCCUCUGAUGAUGAUGAGGAGGAGGAGGAGAAGAAGAAGAAGUGGGCAGGAGAUCAGCCAGCCCAGGUGGACCCAAUGAAGAAGAUAGCAGCCAAGCUCCCUUGCUGUGGCAGCGGAUAUGAUGAAAAAAUGUGGAGAAAGCUAAUGUCUUACUUGGAGCCCACCAACCCCAAUGGCCACACCACAGCCCCAGCGGAGCUCGCAGAGCAGGUCACACAGCUCACAGAACAGCUGGAGCUUAAAGGGCACGAACAGAAGAAACUGGAAACAAAUAUGGAAGAGGAGGACCUGAGACAACUGACGGGUCAGCUCAGCGUUGGAAGGUCCAGCUCUGAGGAGACCUCUCCUGCCCAGCAUUUCUCUAGUGUUCAAAAGUCCUGCUAAAUCUGGACAUUUGUGUGCUUAGCUGCAAAGCAGUGCUUCACCAAGCAAACGUGACUGGGCUUUGCAGAACCAGAACCUUGAUCUUUUUCCCUUAAGGCACUUAAAAAACAAAACAAACAACAAACCCAAACCAAAACCAACCAGAUAAACAAACAAAAUACAUAUAAACGCCAUACACACUCACACAAACAACAAACAAAAACCUAAACCACCACAACCUGUAAGAAAUUAGGUCAUUACCUUCUUGUUUCACAGAAUGUACAGAUUAUUUCUCUGUAGGAGUUGCAAGACAAAAAUAUGACCUCGUCGAUGAGGGCACACGAAUCACUUGUGCUUUAUGGAGGAUGAUGGGAAUGCAAAAGAUUAGAAAACUGAAAUAGAAAUGCUAGUACUUACAAUUUCUGAGUGAUCUGCUUGCAUCCUGUGUUGAGUGAACUGCCAUUACACGCAAGAGCAGAGAAUGCAUUUCCUAGCAACUAUUGAUUCUUCACGUCAUGUACUACGUUCAAGAAAUGUACUUCUUUUCAAAAUAGUCUUGUGGAGUGAACUGACGUUUACCAGAUAAGGGGGGGAAAUUAGCUUUGCAAUCAUUCGGCAAGAGUGCGCAAAGCUCCAGUGCUUUUAAUUCCCUGUGU